GAAGAGUGAAGGAUUUGCUAAAAUGGCUGAGCUUAAGUUACUCCAAAUUGAUUAUGCACACUUUGCUCCAGAUUUCAUGCCUUCUUUUUCAGCACUGAUUUGGCUUAGUUGGAAAGGAUGCCCUCUGGAAUUUACGCAAACCAAAUUUCAUCCAAUGAACCUGGUUGUUCAUGAUCUGUCAUAUAGUCUUCUUACAAAUUACUGGAUGGGUUGGAAGCACAUUAAGGUGGCAAAGAAUCUAAAAGUUUUGAAUCUGACAGGGUGUCAACACCUAGUAAAGACACCUAAACUAGAAAAUUGUCGCUUGGAAGUCUUGAUUCUUGAAAACUGUGAAAAUUUGGCUGAAACUGACGAAUCUAUCUGUGACCUUGAGAGCCUAGUCAUAUUGAAUAUGAGGGGAUGCACGGAACUAAGGAAUCUCCCGUAUGGCAUCGGGGGGUUGAGUUCUAUCAAAGACUUCAACUUACAUCUAUGCAAAGGACUUGAAAAGUUACCUGAUUCCAUAGGUCUCUUGCAAAACCUGGAGACUUUUGAUUCCAGUUUCUGUGGUAUCAAGGAUGAGGGAAUUCCAGAUGCCAUAGGGUGGCUAUCCUCUUUGAAAAUCUUGAGACUAGGUGGAAACAAUUUCCAAAGCCUACCCGUGACAGUUUCUAGCCUUCCUGUGCUCCAAACACUUGAUUUACGGUUCUGCAACGAACUAGAAUCACUCCCAGCAUUGAUAGGGUUGAGAAAUUUAAAGAGAUUAAAUCUUGAUAAUUGUCAGAGCUUAGCAGAGAUUGAAGGCAUCGAAAGGUUGGACUCCCUAGAGCUGUUGAUGAUGAAGAACUGUAGAUCAUUAAGAAAAAUUGGGAAAAUAUCCGGCUUGAGAAAACUGAAAGAAUUAAUAGUCACAGAUUACUCAAUGUUAUACGAGAUUAAGUGCCUUGAGGAACUGGACUCUCUGGAGCUGUUGACAAUAAAGGGGUGACUGUGGAUCAUUAUGGAAAAUGGGGAAAAUAUCUAACUUAAAAAAACUGAAGGAAUUAAGACCCAAGGAUUAUUCAAUGUUAUCUGAGAUUGAGGGCCUUGAGGGACUGGACUCCCUGGAGCUGUUGAUGAUGGAAAACUGUAAAUCAUUAAGGAAAAUUGGGAAACUAUCCAGCUUAAGAAAACUGCAGGAAUUAAGUCACUGGAGCUGUGAGAGUUUACUCGAAAUUGAGGGACUUGUGGGAUUGGAUUCCUUGGAGCUGUUGACAAUAAAGGACUGUGGAUCAUUAAGGAAAAUCGG